AGUAAUCGUAAUUUCUUCCAUCCCUAGUUCACGUUCAACGAGAUUUUAAUUGAAAUUUCUUAUUAUUUAACAGCCGAUCGCAGCGACACGAGUGAGUGCGUGUGGUCAGUGAUUAAAUAGAAAUCGAGAAGGACUCGCCGCCAAAAUGCUAGUCAUCAAUACUUGUAGACUUGCCUCCAGAUUGGCACUCCGCAGCCUCAACUUUGGAUCGCCGAUCGCAACGCGGACUUUCUCGACGGGAUUGGCCCUGAAAACAAAAGAUGUUGUUAACAUAACCUUCGUGCGUGCCAACGGGGACAAGAUCAAGACGUCUGGGAAAGUGGGCGAUUCCCUGCUGGACGUGGUGGUCAACAAUAAUGUGGACUUGGAUGGAUUUGGAGCCUGUGAGGGCACCCUUACCUGCUCUACCUGCCACUUGAUCUUCAAGACCAGCGACUUCGAGAAACUGCCGGACAAACCCGGCGACGAGGAGCUAGACAUGCUGGAUUUGGCCUACGAACUGACGGACACUUCGCGGUUAGGCUGUCAAAUUACCCUUUCCAAGGAUAUGGAAGGUCUGGAGGUCCAUGUGCCCUCCACCAUCAAUGACGCCCGUGCCGCGUAGAUAGACUCCAACCACUGUUAUGUUUUGUUGCAAUUUUGAGUGCUAAUUCGCUUUAGUUCAACCUAGAUGUAGUCAAUAUUUUUGAAUGAAUUCGUAUGUAUUGUCCCAGGGACAAGAAGCUCAGACGGCUAUUAUAGAUGCGUGCAUAAAUCCGAUUCCAGAUGCGGCUUUACCUCGCGCUGUUGUUUUUAAAGUGUUUAAGCUCAAAGGGAUUAGAUGAAUAUGUAAAUAUGUGUUCCCAAUAAAUUUACAUGUAUUUUCUUAA